AAAUAUGAUGAUGGAAUGAGGCGUGGUGUAUCCUGGGAAGAGAAUAUAGAGGUUGUGGGUUGAGCCGCGGGGUGGCAGCACCGUCCGGCCGUCUCCAGCACCAGUCCAACCCGGCUUCCCGUACCGACUCUUUAUCAUACACUUUCCACCAUCUCAGGAUGAUUGUAACCAGGCUUAUUCCCGAGAUGAGAUCACUGCGCUGUGCAGUGCAUCGCAAUUAUGGUGCAUCAGCUGUGCUGCUCAAGAAAGCUUCCGACCCUAUCCAGCAGCUCUUUUUGGACAAGAUUCAGGAUUACUCCAAGAAAAGCAAGGCUCUUGGUGGCAAGUUGGUAGAUUUAACUCCUGAUAUUGAGAAACAGCUUCAGCAAGAACUAGAUAAAGUAGCUCGUCACUAUGGUGGCGGUCAGGGAGUGGACAUGACAAAAUUCCCUACCUUCAAGUUUGAAGAACCCAAGAUUGAUCCAGUUGCUUAAUUUGAUAGCCGCAUCUCGUCUAACCUGUAUAAAGCCCGUUUAUAUGAGAGAAUGUCAAGACCUUAUUGAUACAUGUGAAUAAAACUUUAUUGUAGAUUU